UAUAGAAAAGAAUAGAAAAACAUGGAGAUUAGCAAAAGAGAUCCAUGGAAUGAUAAUGGACAUAGCUAAGGAGAGAAGUGGAUCUACAUCUCAUCAGGACUUAUUGCAAGCUAUCAUUGAAGGUUCCAAGAAUGGUGAGCUUGGAAAGUUAACAGAAGAUGAGUUCAUAGUUGACAAUUGCAAAAAUAUGAUGCUUGGUGGGUACCAAUCCCCUGCUCUUGCAGCAAUUUGGGGUUUAAUGUUACUAGCUUCGCAUCCUGAAUGGCAAGACCGUGCUCGGUUUGAAGUUUUAGAGAUUUGCAAGGGACAACAGCUCCUAGACUACAAUAUGCUCAGCAAGAUGAAAGUGGCAGAUACAUUCACAUAAGUAGAUAUAAAUUAAGAAGUUUCUCUGCCAUCCGUAUUUUUAACUGAUUUUUGUGUUUCUCAUGCAGUUAAAAAUGGUGAUCCAAGAGGUUCUGAGGCUAUAUCCAGGAGUGACAUUGGUUUCAAGAGAGGCAAUGCAAAAUGUGAAGCUUGGUGAGUUGAAGGUUCCAAAAGGAAUGGACAUUUGGAUAUGGCUACCAGCAUUGCAUCGUAAUCCUGAAUAUUGGGGAGCUGAUGCAGACGUGUUUAAUCCUGAGAGGUUCACUAAUGGAGUUACUGGAGCUUGCAAGUCUUCACAAGCCUAUAUACCUUUUGGAUUGGGAGCUCGAGUGUGUCCUGGACGGAACUUGGCUUUAAUAGAAUUGAAAGUGUUCUUUGCUGUCAUACUCUCCAAUUUCAAACUUACUAUCUCUCCUAAAUAUCGACACUCACCUACUUAUGGUCUGCUUUUGGAGCCUGAGCAUGGUGUGAAUCUCCUUAUUCAAAAGAUAUGAGUGCUUUGCUUGAAAGUUGAGCUUCAUGUAAUAAGUUCUCGUGCAAUAUGUUCAUGUACUUUAGUAUUAAAAAUAAUUUCUUGUAAAGAAAAACUGCUUUAUGGGUAAUCCUAUCUUAAGAGGAAGUGAUUUU